GGGCAGUGCGGGGCAGUGCGGGGCAGUGCGGUGCAGGGCAGUGCAGUGCGGGGCAUCAGCGGAGCCACGCGUGGCGUCGGGCCGCCCGCAGCCGGACGGGCCGCGCUCCGUAUCGCCGCUCUGUGCCGCCGGGACGUGUCACCGCUCCGGUGCUGCCGCUUCUCCCCCCGCCGCGCCGUCGGAGCGCGGUGCCGAGAGCGGAGCGGGCGGAGCGAACUUUACCGCCGGCCGCGACCUACGAACGGAGACAGGAGCGGGCCGGCGCUCCCCGCCGCGGGGCCGCACCGAGAGCUUCGUACCGAGAGCUUCGUACCGAGAGCUUCGUACCGAGAGCUUCGUACCGCUCGGAGCGGGACCGGCGCCCGUGGAUGACCGCCAAUGUUAGCGGUGGGGCAGAUGGAUGCUAACCGGCAGAGCGCGUUCGUGCUGGGCAGCACGCCGCUGGCCGCGCUGCACAACAUGGCCGAGAUGAAGAGUUCGCUGUUCCCCUACGCCCUGCAGAACCCCUCCGGCUUCAAGGCGCCGGCCCUGGGCGGCCUCAACACGCAGCUGCCCUUGGGGACGCCGCACGGCAUCAGCGACAUCCUGGGACGGCCCGUGGGCGCCGCCGGCAACCUGCUGGGCGGGCUGCCCCGCAUCAACGGCCUGGCCGCCUCGGCCGGGGUGUACUUCGGCCCCGCCGCCGUCUCCCGGUAUCCGAAGCCGCUGGCGGAGCUGCCGGGGCGGCCGCCCAUCUUCUGGCCGGGAGUGGUGCAGGGCUCUCCGUGGCGGGACCCGCGCCUCACCUGUCCCGCUCAGACGGGGAUGGUGCUGGACAAGGACGGCAAGAAGAAGCACACGCGUCCGACCUUCUCGGGGCAGCAGAUUUUCGCUCUGGAGAAGACAUUUGAGCAGACCAAGUACCUGGCAGGGCCAGAGCGGGCACGGCUGGCCUAUUCGCUGGGCAUGACUGAGAGCCAGGUGAAGGUGUGGUUCCAGAACCGGCGGACCAAGUGGCGGAAGAAACACGCGGCCGAGAUGGCGACGGCCAAGAAGAAGCAGGACUCGGAGACGGAGAAGCUGAAGGAGAGCUCGGACAAUGAGGACGAUGACGAGUACAACAAGCCCCUGGACCCCAACUCGGACGACGAGAAAAUCACGCGGUUAUUGAAAAAGCACAAAUCCACGAACCUGGCCCUCGUCAGCCCCUGCAGCACCAGCUCGGACACGUUGUGAGCCGCCUGCCUGGAUGCUGACUUGGUGUCUUGUACAGCCUGAGAUGUAUGUGAAAUGUAUAUAUUUUUUACAGAAUAAGUUAUGAAAUUAUUUUCUUUCUCAUCGAUGUAAAUUUCAGAGGAAUCUUUCCGACUUCUCGGUUUUCCUUUCGUGUCCCUUCCAGGUUCGCUCCUCUCUCUUGCAGCCAAUUCCUGCUCCUAACAAUCCGCGUUUGUCCCCGUUUUGUACGGAGCACAAACCCCAGCGCGGCCACGUUGUACAUAGAGAACUGCAGAUUUUGUGAUGUAUAUUUCUAGUGUAAAAACGGCCUUUACUUUCGCUCCCUCCCUCUGCUCAGGGGUUUGGCGGUUUGGUUUCUUCUGCCUCCGGAUUUUAUGCUUAAUAAUAUCAAAAGAGGGAAAAAGAAAAACAAACAAAACAAAACAAAAAAAACCACGCAAAAACGCGAGAGAAAAGAAGGACACUUGAUUUCAAAUUGGAUGAACGCUGUCGUCUCCACACGGGUUGGGAAAGACUUGGUAUACAUCAAUAAAUUAUUUAACACGCUUUGCCUUCAGCGCGUUUUCGCCCGUGGUGCCGCUUUUUCCUCAGCCCGGGCCGGAGGGGCCGCACCUCCGCGCUGCGGGAAUCGCGGCUGGAC